AUGAUCAAACAACCCCUCCUCCUCCUACUCUUCUUGUGUUCCCCUCUAGCCUACGCCAAAUACAAGGACUACAGCGACCCGCUAGCCCGACGACUACUAGUCCUAGCCUCCUCAGCCUACUCCCCCACUCCACACGAUUGUCUUGGCAAUCGAUUCGAGAACGCCGAGCUGAUAGAACGUUUCGAAAUUCACUGUGAUUUGAGUGAGAACAACACUUGCUCUGGCUAUAUUGCACUACUACAUCAGGAUAGAGUCAUCGCCGUGGUAUUUCGUGGUACCACCUCGAAAGACCAGCUUGGAUUGGAGGGUGUGUCGGGUUUCUUCGAGAGGGGGUAUUUCCAGGAAAUGGGCAGGGUAAAUCGGUAUUUCCAGGACGCUUUUGAGAAGAUUUGGGAUGGAGGUAUGGGGAAGAGAUUUGAUGAAAUCUCACAAAAUUACCCGGAUUACGAUUUGUGGGUAAGUUUCAUUUGAGGUGGGGGUAAGAGUAGUGGUAAAAAUAAGGGUGUGGGUAGAAUUAGCUGGCCAAAAGGUGCGUAGAAAAAAAACCAUGGACAAGUCGAACGUUUCUUCAAUGAUUUUUCAAUUUUCUACAAACUUCUUGACCGCUUUUCAAAAAAUUUUUAUAGCCCUAUAUUUGACAUACCCUACGGCAUUAUCAUGCCAAAUUUGGUCUCAUUUGAAACGCUAAUUAUAAAGUUAUGACACUUAAAUCAUUUCUUAACUUUCUACGAACUUUUUGACCGGCCUUCCAAAAAUUUUAAUGGCUAGAUAUUUUCCAUGCCCUACACCUUCCCCUCACCAAAUUUUGAAUUUUUUCAAGGCCUGUAUUAAAAGUUAUGACAUUUCAAAGUUUUAAAACUUCAACAAUAACAUCUUUAUAAGCCUAGCUAGCUAACCCUCAAAAAUUUAGGUAACCGGCCACUCACUAGGUGGUGCUUUAGCCUCUUUAGCAUCAGCCCACAUUGUAUCUUCUAAACCCAAGUAUACGGAUCAAAAUUCGGCCCAUUACAGCUUUGGCCAGCCUCGAGUUGGCGACGAACAGUUCUCUUCAAGUCACUCGAAAUUGGUAGGUUUUUUUUAAAUUUAUGACAGAAUUUUUAAUUGCAAAUUGUGUAAAAAAUAACUGAUAAGCUAUGAUUUAAAAAAUCUCUAAGCCAAAAUGUCAAAAAAUAGUUUUUAUGCCAAAAAAACAUCAUCAAGGUAUAUUAUCCAUGAUGAUCAAAGUUCAAAAGCUUAUAUCUUUUUGAAAUCUAAACCAAUUACGAUGAUUUUGAUCUUAAAAUGUACCUAAAAUACUGUUUUUCAAUUGAAAAACAUCGAUUUUACCAUAUGAGAUUGAUAAGUAUUUUUUACGGCCCAAAAACGGCAUUAAGGUAUAUUAUCCAUGAUGGUUAAUGUUCGGGAGCUCAUAUCUUUGUCCAAUCUCAAUCAAUUCAUACCGUUUUUUUUACCGUUUUUUUAAAUUUAAACUUUUCAAACAUCUUUUUUCAUUUAAAAAAAUUUAAAUUUAGCAAAAUAGAUUAAAAUUAUUUUGUACAGCCAUAAAAACGGCAUCAAGAUAUAUUAACCAUGAUGGUUAAUGUUCAAGAACUCAUCUGUUUGUCCAACCGCAACCAAUUCAUGCCAUUUUUAAUUUAAACCACUCAAGCAACCUUCGUGUUCAUUUUAAAAAAAUUAAAUUUAUUAAAAAAGUUAAAAAUUAUGUUUUACGACCAAAAAAAACACCAUCCAAGAUUAUUUGAUGGUUAAUGUUGAAAAAUCUAUAUCUUUGCUCAACAAAAACCAAAUUUAAUAUUUUCAAACGUAAAAUAUACCCAAAAACAUCACUUUUUAUCCCACAAUCUUCCAGAUUCCCUGGUACUACCGAGUGACUCACGCACACGAUAUUGUAGUAGGUCUCUUCCCCGCCUACUUGGGUUAUCAGCACCACGUCAAUGAGGUGUGGUAUAACAAUGCCAUGUUGCCUGGGGAUUCAUAUAAGAUCUGUCGUAAGCCUUGGGAUUGGAAAUGUAUCAAAGUUCCGAUACCUCUUCCCAAUAUGAUCGACCACCGGCAUUACUUCAAUGUCAAGAUCACUACUUAUGGGAAAACCGGGUGUUUGAAGGAGAUUCAUGCCUAA